AUGUGGCUGUUUUUCUGUUUGACAGAUUUGCCCCUCAAGUCAAUAGCAUCUCAUAGUCUUGAUAUUAUUUCAUUUGAUCUCAUGAAAACUAGAAGAAUCAAGAGUUUCGGUGAAACAACACUUGGAAUGAGAUCUCGUAGAAUUGGAACAAGCUAUUAUCAACCUAAUCAAGGAAACGUAAACCAAGGAAAGGGAAAGGGAACAAUUGAAAAUUAGGAGUUAGUUUAUAUAUAAUUAUCAUCUUUUGUAUAAAACUUCAUGAGUCAUGACAACAGAUAGAUCUUGGUGUAGUUUUAAUAUGUGUUUGUAUGUAUUUCCUUUUGUUUGUAGAUACUUAACUAAUCAUGGUGGUUUGAUGAAUAAUAUUUCUAAAAAUUUGGGUGUAUUUUGCUUAUAAAAUAUGAGAAAACAUCUAGUUUGCUACACUUAAUGCCAGCAUCUUUCUUGUUUUUGUACAGUUGAAUCGAGAUUUCCUUGAAAGAGAAAUGAUCCCUGCCCAUUUUACCCAUUUAUAUACUAGCAUUUUAAGGCAUUAAGGUUUGGGAUAUGAGAGAGAGAGAGAGAGAGAGAGAGAGAGAGAGUGUAUGUGAGUGGAUCUGGGUGUGUUAUGAAUUUCGGUUCAACCCUAUCAUUUUCGAUGACCGGUGUCAUCUCUGGUCAGAUCGUUGAUUUUUGAUGAGUUUAUUUAGUCGAGAAGCUUCGAUAAAUUCGUUUUCAACCGAGUGGUCAUUGAUUUUUUCGUUAUACAUGGAUGAUCUCCGACGCCAUAUAAGAAGCUCUGAUGGGUUUGGUCGUUUUUUUGGUAAGGUUUAUAUCUUCGGUGACUCUCUAGGUUGAGUUCCAGCAGUAGCGACGAGGGAGUACAACGACCUAGGUUUUCCUAUUUGUUUCCGCUAAUUUGACCACAAAUUUGUGUGCUGAUGGAAAAAGAGAGGGAGAUACAAAGGAAAGAUUGAGAAGGGAGACGAAUAUGAUCAUUCUGGGCUGCAAAAAAGUUUCAAAAACUGAGCUAUUGGUGACCUCAGUUGAAUCAAUAUCGGUGGCUUCCUUUCCUUGUGCACGUAACUUCUGUUUUGCAUACAGAAUUGGUCAGCAUAAAACUCAUUCUCAACGAAAAAAUGAUUUCAUCAGGCUUAAGACCCGGAAAUACCAAGUCAAACCAACGUGUUGAUACUUAUUCAAGAGGAUUUCGGAAAUAUCGGACUUCUAGUUACUUAGACUAGACUAUAAAUACACAUGUAAUAUCCACACUACACACAACUAGAUUCACUGCAAAAAUUUUACUCGUAAACUUACCUCCAUAUCUGUAACUCAAAUUUCAAUCAAUAUAAUUAAAGAAGGCAGGU